GUUUUAGCCCCCUCCGACCCAACCUGGUAAUCCCCUUCCACACACCGCCGGAUGUCGGCUCCCAAGCGGUGUGAAGGCGUUUGGAAAUACAUUCAGCGUGGCUAAUGGGUUUGCUUGGCUGAGUCGGACUCAUCGAUUCAGCGUGGUUGUGGUUGAAUUUGGAAAUUUGGUAAAGAAGAAAACGGGAUUUGAUUUGAAGAAAAUUGAGAUUCAAUUCCAGCUGCAUAAAAGUCGUCGAACGUGGCAAACUUUGAAUGGAAGUACCACGAAUGAUCUAUAAGUUAUGGAAGAACAUUGUCUACCGCUCAAAUUUAUAAGAGAUGCAUCAUGAAAAGUGAUGAACUUUAUAUUAUUUUAUUUUCGAUGCACAAGGAAUUAAUUUUAAUUAAAAUGUUUCAUGAUGAUGAACUAAUCUCCACUGAAAAAUGAAACAAAUAAAUCCUUCGAUCUCAAGAUAAUUUGUCAAUCAAUGUUUUAAUUCUCUUGUGGAAAAUGAUUUUUAAAACUAAUUAAGUAGAUCGAUUAUUGCUAUAUAUGUGCCUGACGUUUCUUUGGGGAUGAAGUUGAACCAUCAUUGUCUGCAAUUUGUUUUGGGGAUGGACCAUCCUUUUUGUCUUUUAUCUCUUGACUCACUACCGCCUUUGUAGGUCUGGAGAUGUAGAAAAGUAAUUUGUAGUAAAUAUCUUUACUAACGUGUGUAUAAAUAGCACACUAAAUUACUCAUUCCUUACACCAAUCACCUACUUGAUAUCUAUAUGGAUAGAGUCAUGAGAGUUGUUCCGCUACUCAGCUUUCUAUGCAUUGCGUCUAUUACUCUUAGCUUAUGCAAUGGAAACCUGAAUGUGCCUUGCCAACAAAAUGAGAGACAAACACUUCUUAUGUUCAAGAAAGAUCUCGAUGAUUCUUCAAAUCUGCUUUCCUCUUGGGUUGGUGAAGGCGAUUGUUGCACCUGGACCGGUGUUGCCUGCGACAAUUUAACCGGUCAUGUCCGCGAGCUCCACCUUGCUGGUUAUUAUGAUGAAGUGACUCGUGAGGGCCAUCGGCUGGGUGGUAAGGUAAAUCCUUCUCUACUCAAUUUAAAGCAUCUCACCUACUUGGACUUGAGCUGCAAUGAUUUUGGAGGACAACAAUUUCCCGGCUUUCUUGGUUCUCUUAAAGGUUUAAGGUAUCUUAACCUCUCAGAUGCAUGGUUCAAGGGAACCGUUCCUCAUCAGUUGGGAAAUCUCUCGAGCCUGCGUUAUCUAGACCUUUCUUCUAACUAUGGUUCAACGGUCGAGAAUCUCGAAUGGCUCUCUGGUCUUUCUCAGUUGAAACAUCUUGGCAUGAGUGGGGUAGAUCUUACCAGGGCAUCUCAUUGGUUACAAGUCAACAAACUCCCUUCUUUGCUGGUCGAGUUACAUUUGUCUGCUUGCAAACUUUAUCACAUGCCAAGUGGUAUUCAGAACUUGACAAGUCUUAAAGUUCUUUAUCUGUCCUCCAACUAUUUCAACUCUACCAUACCUCUAGUAAACACACUCCCUUCUCUCCUGGUCGAGUUGCAUUUGUCAAGCUGCGAACUUUAUCACGUGCCAAGUGGUAUUCAGAACUUGACAAGUCUUAAAGUUCUUGAUCUGUCCUGGAACUAUUUGAACUCCACCAUACCUCAAGUAAACACACUCCCUUCUCUCCUGGUCGAGUUGCAUUUGUCAGGCUGCAAACUUUAUCACAUGCCAAGUGGUAUUAAGAACUUGACAAGUCUUAAAGUUCUUGAUCUGUCCUGGAACUAUUUGAACUCCACCAUACCUCAAGUAAACACACUCCCUUCUCUCCUGGUCGAGUUGCAUUUGUCAGGCUGCAAACUUUAUCACAUGCCAAGUGGUAUUCAGAACUUGACAAGUCUUAAAGUUCUUGAUCUGUCCUUCAACUAUUUCAACUCCACCAUACCUCAAUGGUUGUACAGUUUGAACCAUCUUGAGUCCCUUGAUCUUUAUUCCAAUGCUUUCCAUGGUGAAAUUUCAAGUUCCCUUGGAAACUUGACAGCCCUUGUUGAUCUUUCAUUAGGUUAUAAUCAGCUUGAAGGGGAAAUCCCAAACUCAUUGGGAAAUCUUUGUAAGUUGACUUCUUUUGAUCUAUCGUCAAACAAUUUCCGGGGAAGGGUAUCAGAAAUCUUUGAAAGUUUGUCUAGCUGUAGUUUUGGUCAAAUAGAUUCCUUACGGCUUUCGGAUAAUAACUUUUCAGGUAAUUUAUCUGAUCAGCUGAGAAUUUUUAAAAAUUUACGCAUCCUUGAUCUUUCAAAUAAUUCAAUAUCAGGUCGCAUUCCAGUGUCUUUAGGAAAUCUAUCACUCUUAGAGGAGUUGGUCAUUGAUCACAAUUCAUUCGAGGGUGUUGCCUCUGAAGUUCAUUUUACUAAUCUUACAAGAUUGUCUACCUUUUCUGCAAAUGAGAACUCCUUGACUCUUAAAACUAGCCAGGACUGGGUUCCUCCUUUUCAACUUUCUACCUUGAGUUUAAGUUCUUGGCGUCUGGACCCAUCACAGUUGCCUGCAUGGCUUCAGAGUCAAAAACACUUGUCCUCUCUCAAUAUGUCCGGUACAGGAAUUUCAGGUACCAUUCCGGCUUGGUUGUGGAACAUUUCUUCUGUUGAAAACCAAGAAAUGAUAUAUCAAGAAAUCUAUGUGGAUCUCUCUCGUAAUCAAUUGUCCGGGGAGGUUCCAAAUAUAGCUUCUACCCACUGGUUGGAUUAUUCUACUUUAGGAGUUGCAAUUUAUUUAGGAUCUAACCAAUUCAACGGUUCAUUGCCACUUGUGUCUUCGGCAGUGACUGCACUAGAUCUUUCCAAUUCAUCAUUUUCGGGAACUCUCUCUCACUUCUUUUGUGAUAGGAGUGAUGUAAAAUCCCAAGCUCACUGGACAACAAUUCUUCUUCUUGACAACAAUCACCUCACUGGUGAAAUUCCGGAUUGUCGGUUACACUGGCCAAACUUGGAAGUAGUGAAUUUAGAAAAUAACAAUUUGACGGGGAAACUCCCAAGCUCUAUUAGGGACUUACUUUCCCUUCAAUCAUUGCACUUGCGCAAUAAUAACCUAUCUGGAGAAUUACCCGUGUCCCUACAAAACUGUCGGGAGUUAAUCCUUCUUGACCUUCGUGGAAAUAAGUUUGUUGGAAGCAUUCCAAUAUGGUUUGGCCAAAGCUUGGUGGUUCUUAUUCUUCGCUCAAAUAUGUUCCAAGGCACCAUUCCUGAUGAACUUUGUAGUCUCACAAAACUCCAAAUCUUGGACCUUGCGCAUAACAAUCUCUCGGGAACGAUACCAAGGUGUUUCCAAAAGUUGUCAUCCAUGGCCACUAAAUUUUCAAGCGAAGAAGCUCUUGGUAUUGAAUUCUUAAUUUCUCCUUAUUGGUCAUCCUACUACACAGAGAAUGCGGAUUUUGUGGCCAAAGGCAGAGAAGUGAAAUAUAGCACAGUGCUUCGUUUGGUAACUAGCUUGGACCUUUCAAGAAACAUGUUAUUUGGAGAAAUCCCUGAAGAGCUGACCAACCUCAUUAACCUACAAACGUUGAAUUUAUCCGAUAAUCUUCUGACCGGAAGAAUCCCUUCCAAAAUCGGUGAUAUGGAAGCGUUAGAGUCGCUUGAUUUGUCUGUGAACCAACUUUCUGGCGAGAUUUCUCCAAGCAUCUCGAAUUUGACAUUUCUCAAUCAUUUGAAUUUGUCCUAUAACAAUCUAACUGGGCAGAUUCCAAAAAGCACUCAGCUUCAGAGCUUUGAUUUGUUCAGUUAUACUGGCAAUAAACUUUGCGGACCUCCAUUGGUAGAGCGUUGCAGUACAAAUGAGGCCAUGCCACCGGUAGGUGAUGAGAAGCACAAUGAAGGUCAUUUACUUGAAGACGGUGGUUUCUAUCUGAGUUUGGGGCUUGGUUUUGCAUUCGGGUUUUGGGUUGUUCUUGGUUCAUUGUUGUCUAAUGUGCCAUGGAGCAAUGCAUUUUCUCAAUUCCAAAAUCGCAUUGUGAAGAAGUUCUAUGCUGCAAUCGUCAAACGUUAUUAACUAUUUUGUGUAGAUAGAUCGAGUUUGUGUGGUUUGUUUUUACUCUUGUUGUCCAAUUAGAAUGUUACACAGUUGUAUGCUUCUUUGUGGCAAUUUAUUUUGUCUUUUCCUUGGUUU